AGCGCAGACCCAAACAACUUGAAAGAUUAUGUAUUGAUUGGUCAAAUAUCCACCCCAAGGUUUACCAUAAAAUGUUUACCAUCUCAUAAAACACUGCUAACCCCCGCAUCAGCUGUGCUGGCAGACCCGACCGACCUUCCGCGGGAGUCUGUAGAAGCCUAGCGCUGUGUGUCUCGCAUGACACAAGUCAUUAAGCAAAGUUAAUUAUGCAAUUUUCAGGCUUAUUGAUCGCUUCCUGUUGUGCUGGCUGCGGUUUUCGCGCAGGGCAACGGAAGCAGGCGGCGGCGGAAGCCGCGGUCAGGAGAGCGCCGAGGUCCACGAGUAUUAUAACGAGAUACCCGGCAAAGAGCCGCCCCCGGGUGGGCUACUCGACAUGCGGGUCGGACCGAAAGCACCGCAGCAGCCCCCCAGUGGCAGCCAGGCAGAAGAAGACGAUCUGCGAAGACCGGGAUGCCCGGAGCACUUGAACGUGUAUGAAAAUUGCUCUCUCACGCACAUGCAACUUCCAUCUGCAGAUUUGGAGAAGGGCGUUCCCGUGCUCCUGCCGGACAGUAAGGAGGCGGCGUACAGCACACUGGGGGAGGAGGGUGGCCCCGUGCCGGGCGGGCCUGCACAGGCCCUGGAGCCGCUCCAGCUGGAGGUGUGGUACCACGGCAGCCUGAGCCGGCGGGAGGCUGAGAGCCUGCUGAAGCACAGCGGGGACUUCCUGGUGCGGGAGAGCACUUCCUCCCCCGGCCAGUACGUCCUGAGCGGCCUGGAGGGGGGCGCUGCCAAACACCUGCUGCUGGUGGACCCGCAGGGAAUGGUGAGGACAAAGGACCACAUAUUCGACAGUGUGGGACACCUGAUUCGCUAUCACAUGGACAAUCAGAGACCAAUCGUCUCUUGUGGGAGUGAGCUGUGCCUGAAACAGUUGUAUUAUUGUUCGCUGUCAGCCAACAACUUGCUGGCGGGGGUGAUGGGAACAGCCAUGCCCAGCGAGCUUAUACUCUAG